CUUCAGUCGGUCUGGUAGUGAGUAAACGUCGCGAUACAUUGACACGGCUCGUUCGUUUCCGCCAAUUCCGAUCACACAUGCCCUAUUAACUAUUAAGGGACAGAGCAAUGUCUGGUCGUGUCAUACGGCGGCGAAACGUCAAGACUCGCAAUCGCAACGGCUGCGUCACGUGCCGAGCUCGGCGAUUGAAAUGUGACGAGACAAAGCCAGAAUGCAAUAACUGCAUACGAUUGUGCAUGCCAUGUGGUGGUUAUGCAAACCAGAUUAUCUUCAAAGAUCAGAACAAGCUGUUCAAGCAUGGCUCGCCUCGUCGGACACGGUCUGGGCAAGCGAUAGGCGAGUCACCAGACAGGCAAGAUAGUGUUGACAAUGUAUCGCAAGCCGAAGAAACACAGAGCCCGGCCCAUGAGUUCUAUUCUUCAUAUGUGACUCCAGCACCAGACCUGGAGAAUGACGUCGUCGCCACGCAAAGUCCCAUCUACGAUGCUAGCCAGGCAAACAAUAGCUCCGAUGUAACUACCGCACUUUCAUCUUCUGAUACACCUACGGCUUGGGACUCUGGAUUAAUACCUGAUACCGGUGUUGACGCGCCGGCACCAGCUGGGAAUAUUCGUGGUGGCUUGCCAUAUAUCGUGUCACCAGUUGCUACAUCGGACCAAAGUCCCCAAACGUCGUUCCCAUUCUUCGGUCCAUUAAGCCUCUCAUCUCCCCAAGCAGCUCCACAAAGGCAGAUUCCAACCUCGAGAAGUAGUCAAUUCUUCAAUGGACUUCACACGGCUCCGAUCAUCCCUCAAGGGCUUCUUGAGAGCAUGAAGUUUCCCGAGGAUAUGCUCUACUACCAUCAUCUUCGGGAUACAUCACCAUACGGCGUCCUCACGCUAUUAUAUCUCAACGACGUCAUGGAUGCCGGGUUUCUGAGUGCAUCAUUCUACCAUGCUGCUUUAGCCUUGUCAGCUCUCAAAGUCUCCAAGUCCAACAUGGGACAGCAGUUGCGGAGUCAAGCCGCAAUACACGCACUAGAACACUUUGUCAUAGCCCUUGGGGAUGUAGGGAACAUCCCGAUAGAGGAUAUGAACCCAGACAUGCCAACCCCAGGAAACGAACACGGCCCUGGAAGACGAGAGAAGAUAGUGUCUUGGCUCAGUACGGUCUUAUUACUGGCGCACUUUGAACUAAGACGAGCACAGAUGAGAUUAUGGUGCGUACAUGGUCGCGCGGCGGUUGAGUUCCUCUCAUCGCAUUUGAGUCUUGUGAGGGAGACAACUAUUGGAGAAUCCCUGGUCUCUGCUUUCUCAAGAAUAGCAGCCCUGUUGGAGAUCUACGAGCGUACACAUUCGAUCCAGGAACGAGUUGUAUCAUCUGAGGCAUCACGAUCUCUCGUCCAAUAUCUCGCUGGCUCAGUCUUGCCUUACGACAGGCUGCUCUACAUCAUGCCCAGAGUGAACGAUCUGGAAGAAGAAUGGAGAUCUAAUCUUCGACCAGGCGCCGAGUGGGAUCAGCGUGUUGACAACCUCAGACUUGAGCUAGAACAAUGGCGAGCCAGCCUGUUGCCGGAAGAUAUCCCUGACUUUGAUGGCGAGGGACCAGAGGCAGAUAUUGAUAUGAAGCCACUGACUCUUCUUUCUUCACCCGAACCAGUCAGGCCAGCUACAAGCUUUACGCAUUACCUCGUAUCCACGCUUCGACUUGACUUGAUGCACUCGCCAGAAUCAGGCCCCAAACUUUCUCCCUCUGAACGUUCGGCCAUAUUACGUAAGAUCUGUCGUCUUGCUGCCGGGCUACCAUACGACCUGUCCGUCAUAGUGAAUAACUACGGGUAUGGAAUGCUUCCUGCUAUGCUCAACGCCUACCAUAUGUCCGAUGCUGUGAUAGCAAACUGGAUCAAGGCAUGGGUUGCGUCUAGACCUGACACAAGAGAAGGCAUAUGGGAUAUAGAGCGCGUGCAGAGACUGAUAGCAUAUUUGGAUAAGGAGUACAAUAACGAGGGAUCAAGAUCUGGAUGGACUGUCAUCAAGACUCGGAUGGUGGACGCGGAGGAAAACAGGGAUGACGCGCAGCCAAGUACGAGGGAAGAGCAAUCUCGAAGCUUUUGCGUAGAGAUAUUUUGCAAGGGAAAACGUGGUUGGAGCAUUGACUUUGUAGAGAUCGAAUGACAUAAUCAUGCGGCGGUUACAAAGC